AUGGGUCUGAAUUUCACUGUGGCAGAUGUAUCAGAUCUGAAGAAGGAGAGAGAACAGAGCAAGGUGUCUUUCUCUGCCUCAUUGUUGAAAGAGGGUCGCAGAAAUAUUGGACCCACUACUGUAGAUGCUCCUCUGGUGUUCAGAAACGACUUCACCAACAUUGGCAAUGCCUACAGUGCAAACACAGGGGUCUUCACAGCUCCAACCAGAGGAGUCUACUUCUUUGUUGUGUUUGUACUUGGUCAAGGCCAUGGAUCUACAGCUACAGGAGUCUGGCUGUUUAAAAAUGAUAAGCGCUUAGCUUUUGCAUGGAGUCAUCAGCAAGACGGCUUUACCAAACCCUCCAAUGGAGCCUCUGUGGUGAUGGAGAAGGGAGAUGAGGUCUACGUCAAGCUGAAUUCUGGUGCAUGGGUGCAUGAUAAUGAGAAUAACAACUGUGUCUUCUCUGGACACCUGCUGUUUCCCAUGUGAGGG